AAUAUCGCCAUAUAAAACCCUAACUUUCAACACCUUUUCACUAACUCUACAUCAAACCGCCGGAAUCCCUCAUUGACGGCCAUUCAAGGAUCUUUCUGGAGGCAACAAUAUGACAUUCAAGAGAAGGAAUGGAGGAAGGAACAAGCAUGGACGUGGCCAUGUUAAAUUCAUUCGUUGCUCUAACUGUGGAAAGUGCUGCCCUAAGGACAAGGCUAUUAAGCGAUUUCUUGUAAGGAACAUUGUGGAGCAAGCUGCUGUUAGGGAUGUUCAAGAAGCUUGUGCAUUUGAUCAGUACACCCUUCCUAAGCUGUACUUGAAGAUGCAGUAUUGUGUUUCUUGUGCCAUUCACUCCAAGGUUGUCAGGGUCCGUUCUCGAACUGAAAGGAGGAACCGUGAGCCCCCAAAGAGAUUCACUCGCCCAAGGGAUGAUGGCCCUAAGCCAGGUCAAGCACCCAGACCAGGUGGUGCUGGUGGUCCUCCUCCAGUCCAUUCUUAAGGGUGAUAAGCCUUCAAUCAUCAUGUCAGACAUCCUAUGGUUCUUGAAGAUACUUUUCAGUUUCCUUUCUGGCUAUGUAUCUAUAACCUGCUAUGUAGGUCUUGACCUUGUGUUCAUCAAGAUUCUUUUCUGGUUUCGUAUUGGUAAUGAAUAUCAUACUUUGGAUGCCAUGAACGAAUUAUGUUCGAUUCAUUGUUUUUAUCUUUGGCCUCUGAUUUUAUAUUAGCUUAUUGGUAAUUUUGGAUUUAA